CUGGCGCUCGCGUUGAUCAGGUUCUACCGAACGCAGAUCUCCCCGCUCACCCCGCCCGCGUGCAGAUUCGUGCCCACGUGCAGCCAGUACGCCAUGGACGCGUUCAGGACGUUCGGCGCCGGCAAAGGUUCACUUCUCACUUUUUGGCGACUGGCUCGGUGCACGCCGUUUGGAGGGAAAGGGUACGACCCG